CGUCUUCGAACCAAACGUUUUUACUCAAAACGUUGCCCAUUUGACGAAAUUCAAUUCUUUCAGAAACAAUUUUCUUGGAUAUCUGUUGCGGAUAUCUUCGGCCUUCUUAUGUUGAAUUCCUUAUUGGGCUGGAAAAAGAAGCUGACAUCGAAUUUGCUUCUCCCAUAUAAAAGAAAUUCGUCAUAAUUAAACCGUUGGAGCAUUUGUAAUUAGAAAAUUAAAGCCACUCCUUACAAUUUUCAGUGAUUAUGCCAUGUCACGCGUAUUUCCGGCUGCACAAGUCUAGCCAUUCAUCCUACCAAGAGUCCAUGCCUUGUUUUCCAUACCAAAGGUAAAAUAAAAGAGUCUGCGUCUUGGUGCCAACUUCUCUGAUCAGCUUUAAUCAAGAUGGCCGCCAUGCUCUCCACCAUACAGGAACCCGGUGUGCAGGAGAUGUUCAGUCUGCUCCCAACACCCGGUGGGAAUAACUCCGGUAAACCAGCCCGAACAGCCCUGGUCAGCAAACUUAAAGGGUCAACACCAGGCCGUCACACAGAAGCGCACGGAAAAGGAGACACCUUCCGAAAAAUCUUCUUUCCAAACUACAAGUCGGCCCCUUACGAGGGGAACACCUCCCUCUCCAGUCUAGAUAACAAGUGGUGGUCUGAUUUUUCCACCGUGGUUCUCUGUCAGGCCAUGUACAACCUAACCAGUGAUCUGAGGAAGCAACUAAAAAAGGACAACAUCAACAACGCAGUGAACAGUAAAAAUUCCGAGCUGAAAAAGCACUGUAUGUCAUUCUACGCCAAAGUCUUCAGUCAGACUUUCGCAAAAAAGGCGUAUGAUUCAAUACAGAACAAGAAAUCGGCGAAAGCUGAGUACAUAGCGGUGUUGACAUCGGAUGCAUGGAUCACGGCUAAGAGAACGGUUGCGUCAGAAGGUAUGUGGACAGACGCGGCGUGGGAGCUGUACCACCACUGGGUAAAACUGCACCUGCUCGGUGCCAGUAAUAAAGAGAUAGACGGCAUCAUCAAACAGUUGAAAAGUAAGGAACUGAUGAUCCCGCAGGAGGUAGGAGCGGGAAACUGGACCAGCUACACAGCCUGGAUGGACCCAUCAGCCAUCACAUGGAAGGACAUUCAAGGCGACGCCGCAAAGGGAAUCCUCAAGUCAGUAAUGAUGCCUUCGUACGGUCCUUAUGGAAGACCGUCUAGCAUGAAGGAAGAAAACUCUUUCGAGUUCACGGCAAAUGGGCAGCCAGGAAGCGGGUACCGUCACUCUCCUGGCCACCACGGCGGCGGAAGCUGCUUCACGGGGGACACGAAGGUGCUCAUGGCAAACGGUACCCGGCUGCCCAUCCGGUCUGUAGAGGUCGGUGACGAGGUUUUCACUCUCCAGGGGCCCCGCCGCGUUGCCGUCAUAUCAACGCCAACAAGAAAGAACCGCCACCUAUACUCCCUGAACGGCUACUCCUUUCUGUUUACAGACACUCAUCCAUUUGUGACGGCAUCAGGACUUGAUAAUGAAAUAGAUGCCGGUGCCGCGUUCACUGCCAUAUCUCCUAGGAAACUGGCAAACCUUGUACCGACUCUGUCUCGUCUAGGAAUAGCCAAGACGGAAACAGGAUCUACCAUCAUGUCUCUAGAAAACAAACACCCUCUUCCAACUCCUGUGCAUCUUGUCGAAGAACCUGAUGGAGCUCAAGGAGCCUGAAAGCGAAGAAGACCUCCUGUACGACCUGAUAUUAGAGCCCACAGAAGAUGGUUUUCCACAUUACGUUGUUGGUGACAACAACAUCCUAAUAAUCGUUGCCUCUGAGGUUCCGCGGAUCGAGCUCGCCCCCUUUGCAGCCAUCACCAUACUUGAAGCACUACAGGAAGCAGCAGACGAGAUAGAGCGGCAACCUUUACCUGUAAACCGCGGGGAGCCCCCAUGCAGAGUCCCGCAUGUCUUCCACAUCUUCUCGCCAACCAAAGCAAUGGUGUCCAAUGCGGCUUCCAUGGCUGUACACAUGAAGACGAAACAAACUGAAUCUUGCGAUGUUUCUGACAUGUUGUCGGUCUUUGUUAAAGAGGAUCCCGCGUCAGAACAAACGUCGUACCGACGUGAACUGGGAGAUGCGUACGAACAGAUAGCGGCUCUCCAUGGCGAAGAGAUAGACGCUCUUGUGGAUCUGGGUUUCAGAUCAAUAGGAGGAGAAGACGAUAACGACCAACUGUUGUUAUCUGUAUCCCUACUGGAUAUCAUCUUUCACGACGUUCCAAAACACAGUCCUGGACAAAGUCUUGCUGUGAACAUCGAAGCAAGCAGUAAACUAAAGACCGACCAAGCUUGGUGCGAAGAAUCCAAGGAAAAAAUGAGUUCCAACUUUGCCAGACAUUUCCGACAGGUGUUCUACUUUCAGAAUCUGGACCUAGACGAUGAAUGUUGCAUCGACUUAUGUUUCCAGGUCCAUAACGUUGAGAAAAGUCACCCCCUACCCUACACCGCCAGUGCAGUAGUCCCUUGCAACCUUGAACACAACUACCGAAUGUUUGAAGCCAUUCUUCACGAAGAAGGCGAUCAGGAGGUCGGGCUGAUGCGUUUUGAUGUGAGAUUUCUCAGCCGUAACGCGAUGCAAGAAGAGCAGACGCGUUCCGAUACGUGGAAAGAUGCCGACAAGCAAGCGUAUGCCUUGGCACUCGGCAAGUGUUAUGGUGAAUAUUUGAAGGAGCAACUCUCAAGUGUCAGAAGUCAUGGACUUGUGCCCGUAGCCAAGAGGCCGUGGUUCAAAUUAUUUUGUUUCAAUAUGUAAGAUACCCAUGGUGAUAAUGUUAUGAAAUAACGGCAGUGUUGGACUUCACUACAUUUGUACAAGAUGCAUAAGUUUAGUUAGUGGAUUGGUGAUAUGCAUUACGUACGAGUAUUACGUGCAUCAACCAUAAUAAUAUGAUAAGGACAUAACCUAUAUCUGCUUGUGUGUGACACUGUGACUGUCAUUUUACACUUAUGUAUCUAUGACGACUAGGGCAAUCAGAAAUUCUGGGAAUCUUUUAUUGUACUCAGAAAGUUGACAGCCAGAAUUUUAUAAUAAUUUCCUUGUACAUGUGUAUGUAUAAAUUGCACUCUUAGUUGCAGUACAAAUACGUAUGUAUAGAUGGCAGCCUUAUCCAUUAUGCAAAAAAAUCACCUUUACACUCUUUGUUGUUUACAAGUGUGGAUUUAACUAAAUAAGAAGUCAACUCCUUUAGCAGUACAUAAAUGCUUGUUGCAGAAUCGAAAGUUGUUCUACUUUCUAGUUGAACUAAAUUAAUUUUUUUUCAGUACUUUUUCUUGGGUGGUGGAAAUCUUAUAGGUUUUGUUGAGUUCUAGUGGUCUUUGUACAUAUGGUCUGUUAUGCAAUAAACCUUCCUGCAAAAUUUAAUUGCUUACUGUUGUUCAUUGUUUUGUCAUUGGCUCAAUUUCCUGGCACAGUUUUGGGUUCAAUUUGCAGGUUCAUUUUUUUUCUGUAUAAAUUGUAAGUUGGAAAUGACAUGGUACAAUGUAUAUAUCAUCACCUUUCCAAUUUAGCACAAAGUACAUUUAUUUACAAUCAACCACAAAAUAUAUAUUGAAAUCGUCUUCAAAACUCCAUCUGGGUCAUGAUUUACAAUUUCAAUUAUAGAAAAUAAUGUCAUAACUCUUUGUACAACUUACACUCUUGUGUAUACUUAAUUCUAACUUCUAGGAAAAUAGCAUUUACCAUCACUAUUCUUUAAUUUGUACAACAGAGCUAUUUUCAUUAUUACACAUGAUACAGUAUAUACCAUCUACAUUGAAUUCUAGAAAUACAUGCAUUUAUUGUUACACUAUCUUGGUUGAGAACAAAAUUUUAAGAGGUAUUCUGCCAAAGAUGACAAAAUAUUUCAAAACUGGACACAGAGAAAUAAUUGUCAUAAGAACCAAAAUGCUAAAAA